AUCGAAUUUUGGACAAUUCAAUUCCAAAAAUUUCUUCUUAUGUCCAAAAUUUAAGAAAGUUGUAUGUGGAGGGUUGUGGUAAUUUGAAAAAUCUAUUGACAUCCUCCAUGGUUAAUAGUUUUGAGCAAUUAAAUUGGCUCGAGAUUCGGGAUUGUCAUAUGAUGGAAGAGAUAAUACUUGCAGAAGAAUCAAUCGAUGAGGAAAGGAUGUGUAAGAUUUUCUUCCCUAACCUGGCGUUCUUCCAAGACCUUCCAAAACUCACAAGAUUUUGUUCUGGAAAUUACUUGGAAUUACCAUGCCUUUGGAAACUUAAGAUAAGCAAGUGCCAUGUGCUAAAAACUUUCAUCUCUAGCUUUAUUUUUGGAGACAUGAGAGCCAGUUCUGAAAAUGUCAAAAGCACUUGUAUGCCUUCCCUCUUUGAUGCAAAGGUGGCAUUCCCCAAAUUAGAGCGUUUGGUAAUUGAACAUGUGAAGAGCUUGAAUAAGAUAUGGAGCGAACAACUCCAAGUAGAUUCUUUUGGCCAACUAACUUUGUUGAGUCUAGUUUCAUGUGAAAAGUUAAUGAAUAUUUUCCCAUUUGGUAUGGUGGAAAGGCUUCAAAGACUAGACAAACUCCAAAUAUGGAACUGUGAUUCACUUGAAGAGAUACUUGAGUCUCAAGAACUUGGUGUUAACCAAUCACAAGCUCAAAAGGCCACUCCGCUACCUUUGUUGGAAACCAUCAUAUGCUUGGAGGAUGAGUGAAGGAUGAGAUUGUCCUUAGCAAACUCAAGUAUUUGCAACUUUGUGGUUUGCCUAGACUUUCAAGCUUUUGCUCGGUUAAAUGCAAGUUUGAGUUCCCAUUUUUGGAAGAGGUGAUAUUGAUGGAUUGUCUAAGUAUGCAGACUUUCUCUAUGGAUGAAAUAAGAAUGCCAAAAUUGC